UCUUCCUCCUCGCGCGCUAGCAGCGGACUUUACCUCACGCGCGGAGAUUACACGACGCGACGCGAGGGCGCAUAUAUGUGCAUGAACGGGACGCGGACGACGCAGGAUGGUUCGGGAGACCAGACACCUCUGGGUGGGAAAUUUACCCGAACAUGUUCGCGAGGAGAAGAUUGUUGAGCAUUUUAAACGGUAUGGCCGGGUGGAGAGCGUCAAGGUCCUGCGCAAGCGCGGCUCCGAGGGCGGCGUGGCGGCCUUCGUGGAUUUCGUAGACAUCAAAAGCGCCCAGAAGGCGCACAAUGCCGUCAACAAAAUGGGGGACAGGGACCUUCGCACAGAUUACAAUGAGCCGGGUUCAGUUCCCAGUGCCGUACGCGGUCUGGAGGACCCCACCCCCUCUAGCAGUCACGGAAGGGAGGUUGCAGGGUUCUCGAGGAGCGCCGUGGGGCCGGUGUACGGGCCCCCGGUGUCUCUCCACACCAGAGAGGGGCGCUAUGAACGCAGACUAGACGGCAGCGGCUCGGACAGUCGGGAGCGAGCGUACGAUCACAGUCCGUAUGGACACCACGAGCGCAGCGGCUCCUUCGACCGGCCGCGGCACUACAACACGGAGUAUUACCGGGACCGCGCGAUGUUCACCUCCGGGGUGAGCUCAAGCCCGGCUGCCAGUGCUAUCAGCGGUGGCUUCGACGCGCCGGAGUCACACUUCGAGUCUCGGAUUCGUGACCCUUUCACCAUCUCCAGCUCGGCUCGGCGCGACCCGUACCGUGACGACAGGGGCCGCCGCACAGACCGGACGUACCACCAUCGGCGGAGCCGGUCCUCGCACUCUUCACAGUCACGGCAGCCGUCGCCCCAGAGGAGUGCAGGACAGACUCCUAAAGCCGCCCACUCGCCCAAAAGAGCCCCUGUGUCGCCCGGCCGGGGCCCGCGGUCAUGCUCGCGCAGCCCGUCUUCCAGCUCCGAUUCGGUCAGCAGCACCAGCAGCACCGGCAGCGGCAGCAGUGAUUCGAACAGCAGCUCCAGUGAAGGGUCGCGAGCGCGCUCGGUGCAGUCGACGGCCACACACGCUCCUCCGGCUCCUCCUGUGCUCGCGCUGGACUCCGACGAGCCGCGGAGGAGCUUCGGCAUCAGAGUCCAGAACCUCCCGACGCGAUCCACAGAUACGAGUUUGAAAGACGGGCUCUUUCACGAGUUUAAGAAGUACGGUAAAGUGACGUCGGUGCAGAUCCACGGCGCGUCGGAGGAGCGCUACGGCCUGGUGUUCUUCAGACAGCAGGAGGACCAGGAGAAGGCCCUCGGCGUGUCCAAGGGGAAGCUCUUCUUCGGGAUGCUGAUCGAGGUCACGGUCUGGAACGGCCCCGAGACGGAGAGCGAGAACGAGUUUCGUCCCCUGGACGGACGCAUCGAUGAGUUUCACCCGAAGGCCACUCGUACGCUGUUCAUCGGAAACCUGGAGAAGACCACCAACUACCAGCAGCUACUCGACGUCUUCCAGCGCUUCGGGGAGAUAGUGGAUAUUGAUAUUAAGAGGGUGAACGGUGUUCCUCAGUACGCAUUUGUUCAGUACUCUGAUAUCGCCAGUGUCUGUAAAGCUAUUAAGAAAAUGGACGGAGAGUAUCUCGGCGCCAACAGACUGAAGCUUGGCUUUGGGAAGAGUAUGCCAACAGCGUGUGUGUGGUUAGACGGCCUGACCUCGAACAUCACAGAACAGUACCUCACACGACACUUCUGUCGAUACGGGCCGGUGGUCAAGGUUGUGUUUGAUAGGUUAAAAGGAAUGGGUCUUAUUCUGUACAACAACACUGAUUUCGCCCAAGCAGCUGUUAGAGAAACCAAAGGAUGGAAGAUAGGAGGGAACAAAAUUAAGGUUGAUUUUGCCAGUCAGGAGAGUCAAAUGGCUUUCUAUCGAUCUAUGCAGGCAUCAGGGCAGGACAUCCGUGAUUUUUAUGAUAUUCCUUCAGAUCGGAGGGACGAACGGAGAACUCCUUAUGACUUUUCCACGGAGCGAGCGUAUUACGAGAACGUAAGGACUCCUGCCAUUUACUCUGAAGACCCCCGUCGAGAGUACCCCGGUCGCAGUCGUGACCGCUAUGCAGAGUUAGAUUAUCAAGGAGAGCACUACGAUCCCCGCUAUCACGAGGACCCACGGGAAUACAGAGACUAUCGAGACCCUUUUGAGGACAUCAGGAAGUACAGCUAUAUCCAGCGGGAACGUGAACGGGAGCGUGAGCGCUUUGAGGCGGAGCGAGGCCGAUGGAGCCCGUCUCAUCAGCGGCGUCCCCCGACUCCCUCUGCUUCGCCCUCACCGUCGGACCGUGUGUCACGAGACGCCGAACGACGCGUGUUCAGACACUCCUCUGAAAGAUCGGGAAGCUGCAGCUCGCUGUCUCCACCCCCGGCUCAGUUUGAGAAGUCUGAGAAAUCGCCAGUAGAUUACAAAUCUGAAGGACUGGAGAGAGAAAUGGAGCAGGCCGAGGCAGAGCGCGUCAGUGGGGCAGAGAACAAGAAGCGCGGCAGACGCAGGGAGAAGGCUGACAGAGAGAAGGGAGAGAAAGCAAAACAAAGGAGAGGGAAAGUGCAGUCUCCCAGCGUACCUCAUUCUGAAGCGGAUAGAGAGGCUAGCCUGGAUUUGGGAUCUGGGAAGGUUAAGGUUUCAGAUGUGGAGAGUCAAGAACGACAGAAGCAUAAAGGGGACAAAGAGCCUUCCCCUACUGACCAGGUAACUCGCCUUGAGUCUCAAAAGGGAGAGCGGCUCGAUCAGUGUAAAAGCGAGUCGCUAGACAGAGACGGCAAAGGAAAAGCAAAGAAACAUUUAAAAUCUGACUCUGGUAGUGAUGGCAAAGACUCCCUUGUAGAUUCUGUCAAACUUGAAGCGAGGAAGAGGCGGUUUGGCGAUCCCGGCGGGAAAGCGAUACGACAGAAACGGGGGCGUCUGGAGGAGGAUCCAGGUUCUGGGAUUAGCCUACCUGCUGACUUUGCUACAAGUGCGGGAUUUGCAAAAGAGACCGAUAUUGAUGUAAAAGCAGAGAAAGAGGCUCAAAAAAGAGAACACUCCAAAUCCAGGAUUGGUUCUCAUUAUAGUCAAAGGGAAGAGCUGGAUGGCGCUAUGAGAGGGACGUCUCAGGGCCCAAUGGUAAGGUCAGGUGAAUUGCCUGAGGUGGAUGUUUUGGACUCAAAAUCUCACCCUGGGCCAAGCAUAUCUAGACGAUUUUCAACUGAUGGAACAUCCGAUAAGGACAAUAAAGUAAGGGAUGAAUAUCUAGAAAAUAUUGACCUUUCUCAGAGUUACCGCAAACAGAUGGAGCAAAACCGACGGCUACGGCAGCAGCUGCAGCCGCUGGAUAAACCAGGAAAGCCAGAAACUCCUCUAGGUGUAGAUGCAGAAGAUCUUGAGCAUCGAAGCCUGGUGCAUGAGGUCGGCAAGCCUCCGCAGGAUGUUACUGAUAAUUCACCUCCAAGUAAGAUCAAGAAACAAGAGUCCUUCGAGAUGGAUAUGAAUGCUAAGAGAGAAAGGAUUUACCGAACGGUCCGGCAAAAGAGUGAAGACCUUGAGUGGAAUAACACAAACUCUCCAAGGUUUCAGCAUGCCCCCCAACAAAGAGAGGAAGAGUAUGCAGACCCUCAUGCUCAAAUGACUGUGAGAGAAGUUAAAGAAGCAUUGAAACCUGAGGAUAAUGCUCCGUCAGAUCAGGAGCUUGGGGGUAAACGGAUGCACGCCUCGCAGAUGUCAAAGAUGAGUACGUCUCUACAAGAUGAGCAGCAAAGACGCUGGGAGAGUCGACUAAAGCAAGACUUGUUGCCAGACUUUACAAGGAGCGCUGAAAAAAGGCGGCUCAAUCAGAAGUACUUAGAUUAUGGGCUUUGGCCUGAUUUGGAACCUGGUGAAGUGCGUUCUGACUCUGAAGAAGAUCGUGAAAAUAAGCCCAACUCCCCUGCUCCAUCAACGUCAGUAUCCUUCUCUGAAAGACAUCGUCCAGACAGAUCAUCAGAGUCCAAGCUGACGCCCUCUCUAGAGAGAAACAAAUUCUGUAGCAACGAAACACCAACCAAUAAUGCACAGCCAGAGGCUGAGCCUCCAGUGAAGUUUCCUGAAUCACCAAGUCCCCUCUCGCAUAUCCCUGCCGAGCAACAUGAAAAAGAACCUGAGCCACCUGCGGCACCUGAGUCUGAAUCUAACAAUGCAGAUGAUCAGAAAUGUGCUGAUAAUUAUCCAGUUGAAGAAGCUGUGUCACCCCCUCCAAAGUCAAGAAAUAAAAGAGCUAAAACCUCGCCUACCACACCAGUAACUACCCCAGACAAACAAAGCACCCGCAAAAGUGAGCGCAUUGACAAAGAAAAGCUCAAACGUUCAUCUUCUCCAAGAGGAGAGGCGUUCAAGACAACACCUGAUUCAAAGUCAUUAAGUAAGUCACCUGUGCACAGCAUAGAAACGGAGCAAUGUACAGAGCAAAAUUCACAGUCAGGUAGGGCAAGACGUAGAAAUGUGCGUUCUAUCUAUGCUACACCAAUUGAAGAUGAAACUGCUCUGCAACCCGGAAAAGACGCCGAAUCGCCUCGAGGUGCACGGAAGCGUGUAGACAGAGAUGUAGGUUCUGAUGUAGAGGCUGUUGCUGCACCAUCAACCUCGAAACGGGGACGCCCCCCUAAGAAUCGACGCCAAGCAGAGGAUGUACAAGCGGGCAAAGUCGAACGGUCAAAAUCAACCGAGUCUAAGGAGUUGGAUGGCAGUGAGACGAGCAGUGAGGGGCUUCCCAAAGUGGGUAAAGGCAAAUUUUCACCCCCCACACAAAAAGGAGUCAGUCCAGGAAAUGCAUCAGCAUCUGGAAUCGGAAAGAAAGGAGACAAAAUGGAGAAAAUUUCGGAAAGUCCCAAACUCAUUACUGAAGAAAACCCUCCCAUUCUUAAAAACCUUAGAAUCCGUCUUGAUGUGACCGAAGUAAAGGCAAUGCUUCAGACUAGUGAAGAAGAACCUGGAACUGAUGAGUCUCCCAAAAAUAGCUCACCUGGUGUGUCCUCAAAGGAUGAGGUACUAGAAGCUCAAUUUGAAAAUGAUGCCAUGGAUGAUGCAAAUAGUGAAAGCGAGACUUUGCCUGCUGCAGCAAAAGCCAAUGAGCCACAUGUAGCUUCGCUGGCUCGAGAGUUGGAGCUUGAGCAAGCUGUUGAGAAUAUUGCCAAGCUCACAGAAGAUGCUACUUCUCUUCCAUUUAAAAGUAACCUGACAAAAGCACAACGUUUGGCAGCUGAAGUACCAGAGCGCGAGUCAGAAGAAGAAAAGCCUGCAAAUCCGUCUAGUGAAACCGAGCUUGCUGCUGCUAUAGAUUCCAUCACAUCAGAGAACACGGAACAAAUCACGAACUCUGUUGUAGAAACCGAUCCUGAUGUGCAGACUCUUAGACCCGGUUCAAAAGUAUCUGAAACCUGUGUUAGCACAGCAGUCGUUCAGGAGGAGACCGUAACCACUCCUAGAAAAGGGUGUAAAGGCAGAGCAAAAACUUCAAAGAAGGGUAAAGGCCAAAAGGGUGCUGGAAGCAAAAAGGAACCCAUCAAAGACGUAGUUUUGGAGGCUGAAAAUAUCCCUGUGAAGUCACUGGAGUCAGUACCUGCAGAACUUCCAGCAGCCACGGAAAGAUCACCAGCAAGUACAGCUGUUGUCAUUACUUCCUCUUCCAAGCAGGGUGGAAGUUUACCAGCUCCUAAUACGGACAUUCCAAACGAACCUGAGUCGCCUCUUAAAACUGAGAUGGAUAUCCCAAAAUCCUCUCCAGCGAUUAGCAGAAGCCCAACGUCAUCCAAAUACCAGCCUUAUUCAUACAAGAACACUUCUCCUUCACUAUCUCCAACGAGAACUUGUCUCAAGAAUGUGUCCUCAUACCCAAGCAGGCUUUCUGUUUCCCCAACGGAGCGUUGCAAUCAGCCGAAAGAAGCUGGGGUCCUCUCUCCUCCGCUGACCUCUGUAGCCCCGAUGGAGAGCCCUACAUUACCCUCAGACACUCCUGCUCAUGAUGCCAACUCAGGUGAUUUGCGCAAAAUCCUCACAAAGCCUAGAACUGUUCCAGUGUUGGAAAUCUCUGCUACAUCCGGGAAUAUGCACUCUCAUCCUUUAAAGGAAAGUGUCGCUACACCAGAUGUGGUAACCAGCAAGAGUGCUCCUCAAGAUAAGAGGCAACCCCCUAUUUCAGCCCAACCUGUAGUUCGACAGCCUGCUUCUAUACCAUCCCCAGAAACUAAACAUAUCUUCAGUGAGAAGUCAGUGAUUUCAGUUAUUGCUUCCACUCCCACCUCCGUCAUCAGUCGCGUUUGCAAUCCCCCCGACUCCGAGGAGAAGCCAAAUGCUCAGAUUGGAAAUCCUUUUCUUGACAAACAACCUCCAAAACAGAUUUACCAGCCAAGCUUGGAGGAAAGCAGUACGUACCAUGGUCCAGCAGUUGGUGAGGAAGGUGGAAAUGCCGGUCGCUAUAUUGUGGAGAGUACUUCUUUGAGUACAGGUUCCAGCACAGGACUAAGAGUUCAGACGUCAGAAGGUGUGGUGGUGCUGAGUCAUUCUGGCCAGAAAAUAGAGGGGCCACUGCGCAUAAGUGCCAAAAUCAGCCAGAUCCCACCUGCCAGUGCUGUGGACAUAGAGUCACAGCAGCUGGUGUCAAUGCCCCAGAUCAAGCAGGAACUUUACAGUGCCUCCCAUCCGCCAUCUUCAAAAUGCCCACUUCCUUCAGAUCAUGGACAUUCAAUAAAACCCCAUCCAAACGUCUCCACGAUUAAGCAAGAAUCUGCACUGGACAAAUUAGAAUCCGCUUACGCUCCAGUUCAAAGUGGAGUUGUUAAGAUACUGCAGCAAACGCCUGGCCCAUCACAGGCCAUGAGUUACCAUCCUACAGAAUACCCAAUGGUGAUGAAGCACCCUAAGAAGGGUGAUGGGCCAGAGUCUCUCAACGUGGAGAAACCUGCUUGGGUCCCAACUAUUAGUCCUGCUAUAAGUCCACAUCUUCCCUCGGCAGCAGGCAAUCAUGUUGGCUUCAUAACUGGCACAGCGACAGAACGAACGCCGUCACUCAUUCAACCCAAGCAGGAGCCGCGCUCUCCACGGAAAUCCGGACAUCCUCAUUCUCCUUUUGCCAAAGUGUCAUCUCCUAUCGGCUCUUCGUCUCCGAAAGGUGUGUCUAUGGUCCUUCCCCCUGGAUUAAACCCUCUGUCCCAGUAUGUUUCCACGGUCCACCACUCGGAGCAGUCUGUGAUCAUGCCUCCACACAACACUCACGGUAGCAUUGGAAGGAUGUCGCCACACCGCGUCAGCGCAUUAGGACACCUCACCCAGGGUGAGGUACGAGUGAACACUCCUCCCCUCUCCAUGAUGAACUAUGGGAUUCACUCUGAGAGCCUCGCCUCCUCUUGGGCUCCUGGCCAGCAGCGACCCACAUCUCCUCAGGCCGUGGGAAACAGGGAGAUGGUCCUCAAGGUGAACCCAGCCAAUGCAAGACCGCCGGCUGCUCAACUCAAACCAGACUCCAUACCAGCAGAAUAUCGUGGAGCUCUCCACAGCGGUUUACCUCUCGAUCGAUUCAACCGAGACAUGCGAGUGCUCAUGCACCACCAGCAGAGCGAUCGCCCCGCUGUGGAGUUACACCAGGGGCACGUCCCUGAGAACAUAACACCCUCCUCGACUCCUACCAGAAUGGCGGCGUCUCUUUCUCCUCGGCCACACUUGUUAGUAAAGGGAGUAUCUGAGAAGGACUCCUCGAAAGCAUCAGAACUAAAUAGGGCGCAGUCACCUUCCAGUAAGGAGGGAAUGAUGGCGAUCCGUAGUGCAAUGCCUCCCAUGGCUUCUCCUCAAAGAGUUCAGCUGAUUCCAGCAGGAACUGCGGCUUCCUUCACUGAAUAUUCAACCAUGUAUACAAACCUCCGGCCUGCCCACGCUCAGUUUGCUGAGAAUUCCCCAAUGGGGAUUAACCAGUCCACCCAUAGCAUCCCACCGUCGCAGGGUGUUCAAGAGCCGGAGUCCAGUCAGGCACAAGCCGAGUCUGAGGUGGAGCUGGCUGGACACCAGCCUGUGAACAUGGUGCAGCUUCUGACGAAAUACCCUAUUGUGUGGCAAGGCCUGCUGGCGCUGAAGAACGACACGGCAGCGGUUCAGCUGCACUUCUUAUGUGGAAACAAAGCUCUGGGCCUGCGCUCUUUGCCUCUGCCGGAGAGUGGAGGGAUUCUGCGCAUCGUUCAGAGGAUGAGGCUGGAGGCCCAGCAGCUGGAGGGAGUCGCUCGCAGAAUGACGGGGGAAAGUGAUUUCUGCCUGUUGCUGGCCAUGCCUUGUGGUCUGGACCAGGAGGACGUGUUGAACCAGACGCAGGCGCUCAAAUCCGCCUUCAUCAAUUACCUGCAGGCCAAACUAGCGGCCGGCAUCAUCAACGUCCCCAACCCCGGCUCCAACCAGCCUGCGUACGUGCUGCAGAUCUUCCCUCCGUGUGAGUUCUCCGAGAGCCACCUGUCGCGCCUGGCUCCGGACCUCCUCAGCCAGAUCUCCAGCAUCUCUCCGCACCUCAUGAUCGUCAUCACCUCCGUCUGAUCCUGUGUCUGCGGUGUUUGUAUUUAUUCAUCCGUUUCAUUCUUCUUCAUGGAAACGCAAACAUGUCUGGAGGGGGAGGCGACGUUCUCUCCUCGUUUGCUGAUCUUGAGUCUAUUUUUUGAUGAGCGAAUCAUAGAAGUUAUUGUAAGAGGAAUGCGUGUUUUUAGCGAGUGGCGUGGAUCGAUUGGACGCCGGAGAUCGCUCCCAUCGACCGGCAGCAGGCGAACAGGAUCAUGGAGCUUCUGCUCUGCCGGACUGUAAAUAUUUUAAAUAUUUAAACCGUAGGCCAGACGACCCAAACCCGCCUUCCGCUGCGGACCCAACUCAAAUCAGUAGAGAUCCAGCUGCGUUUGUGAUGUAAAUACUCCAGAGACUCUUCGCUGGGUUUGAUGUGGCCACUUAAAAUUUUCUUACUCAAAUAAUAAAAAAAAGUCCAUA